UUUUUUUUACUCGACAGUCGACACAAUCUCCCAUUGUCGCUCUUCUUGUUCCACAAAUGAGUAAAAUCGGCGAUAAUGCGCUCAUAACCUUGUUUUCCCCGAUUUCUAUCACGAACCACACCAUAAAUAAUUCAUGUUUAGUGUCUGCACAAGCUUAUCUGUUCACGUUGAAGCAUUUCAGGCUAGCUUAGCGUGCUAGCUGCUAACAAAGAGACGCGGAAGUUAUCAACACAUCGCGAGGCAGAGAUCAAGUGUGAGUAAAAGAAAGUGUUGUGAUUGUGUGAAAACGUGUCAAGUACGAACGCCGAGAAACUAACGGCAGCUGGAGAAGUAUUUGUAGUUAGAAAGAACGACAGCAGGAGUGCGAGGAGGAACAUCAACGACCGAACGCCGUUUUCAAGAAGACUCAAGUUGAAAUAAUCAGCAGUGGGUCAUGACGUGGGCCCGCUAACCAUGGUGGCAAAGGCCUGACCACACCCACUGACAUCCACAGGUGGUUGUGAAUGGUCAAACUUACGUCCAGACUAAUAAAGGAGAGAGGGACCAUCAGUGUAGCCAUCCCAAGGGACAGCAACAUCUGGCUGUGACACCCGGACUCGCGUGAGUGAAGAGGAUCUUCCCCACUGAGCAGCAGGAGUGGAGCUUCAGGAUGGAACAGGAGGAGCCCCUUCAGGUUAAAGAGGAAGAAGAGGAUCACCGCAUCAGUCAGGAGAAGCUUGAAGGACCGGAGGAGUUCCCAGUGAUUUGUGUCAUUGUGAAAAGUGAAGAUGAUGAAGACAAAGGUCGACGUGAGGAGAAGAGAGAGGUGGAGCCUCUGACCUGCAGCUCAACUCGACGCAUGACAAGAGAAGCUGAUGGAAACAACUGUGCAGGAUCACAAGCAGGCAGCCUCCUAGCUCCGCUAUCGGAUAGCGACGACAAAACGUCGCACUCCCCUGACACUGAUGAUGAAGGCUCUAAAGCUGAUCUGACAUGUCACACUGACAACACACACUUUAAAUGCUCUCACUGUGACAAAACAUUUGGCAACAAGAAGAAUCUCACGCGACAUUUGAGAUGUCACACUGGAGAAAAACCAUUCAGUUGCUCAGUGUGUGGCAAAAGCUUCUCAAUAAAGGGUGGUUUGACAGCACACACGAGAACGCACACAGGAGAGAAACCCUUCCUUUGCUCAGUGUGUGGUAAAAGUUUCUCUUUACGAGGCAAUUUGUUAAUGCAUUCCAGGACGCACACCGGAGAGAGACCUUUUUCCUGCUCAAUCUGCAAUUCCAGUUUUGGAGUUCAUGCCGUGUUGAUCAAGCACAUGCGAACGCACACCGGAGAGAAACCUUUUGCCUGCUCAUUUUGUGGCAAAAGAUUUGCCGAAAGUUCGCAUUUAAUAACACACGUCAGGUCACACACUGGCGAAAAGCCGUUUUCCUGCUCCGUCUGCAAAACAAGCUUCAGUGAUCGUUCGGGGUUAGUGAAACACACGAGGACGCACACCGGGGAGAAACCUUUCACCUGUUCGGUUUGCGGAAAAAGGUUCUCUAUCAAGGGACACAUGAAAACGCACGAAAGGACGCACACGGGAGAAAAACCGUACUCCUGCUCGUUCUGCGACAAAAGUUUUGCCGACCGUUCAGCUUUUGUUCGACACACGAGGACACACACUGGUGAGAAAGUGUUCAGUUGCAGUGUGUGCGACGAAAGGUUUUCUUACAAGUACCAGGUUAACAAUCACAAGUGCGCUGGUGAGAACAGCACGAGUCAGUGAAGCUGCAGGACGUCGAACUGUCAAGACUUUGACGUCAUUGCUGUGUGCUUAACGUUCUGCAGCUGCUUCUUUUUUUCUGUUUGUAUUCAUACUGAAUCAUAAUGGUAUUCCUAGUGACAAACUAUUAUAGGAACAAUGUCAUGUUCUCCUGUAGACUCCCUUCUUUUGGAUGUGCUGGAGGGCCUGGGUGUUGUCGGCUGUCUAGUCUGCAUCGGUGCUGUCAGGAUGGAUGUGAUGUCACAGUGACAAAAGCAUCAGUAGUCCACAAGCUUUGCUAUCUCCAAUCACUUCAGAUGCUGUUUUGCUUUGGAGCAAGGCAGAGUUUGUCUCGUUGGGGAUGGAUGAAAGACUUUGGACAUGAGAGCCGUGACUGCUAGAAAUAUUUCAACUGAUGAUGUGUCUGUAUGUGGUGAAAUAUGCCUUGAUAAAUAUUUGAAAGCGAAAUUUGCAGAUUGUGAAAUCGAGGUGCACAAUAAAAAGGGUAUUUUUGGAGAGCUAAGUAGCGGCAUGUCUAAUUUUCAAUAAACAAUUGGAAUUCCAAGUAUUUUAGUAAUGCCAAAGUCAAUGACACAAGUCACCAUUCACACUUAUUUAUAGCAGGUGUGUGCAAAGUGCGGCCCGGGGGCCAGUUGUUGGCCCAUUGUACAAAUACAAUUUAACAAAAAAACUAAAAGAAAACAGCAAAAAUGCAGAAAUUUUUCAAGGAUUAAGUCAAAAUAAGGGCUGCACGGUGGCCUAGUGGUUAGCAUGUUGGCCACACAGGCAAUCUGGAAAAUCUGGGUUCGACUCUCCUUUUGGGCAUCUCUGUGUGGAGUUUGCAUGUUCUCCUCAUGCGUGUGUGGGUUUUCUCCGCACCAAUUCACCACACCCCACUCCCUCCCGCUGCAGGUCUGACACUUAUGACCAGCAGCAUGGGAGCACCACAGGGAACUGAGCUCUCUCCUGUUGUGUUUACGCUGUAAAUGUUCGAUUUUCAGUCCAACUCGAAGCUCUGCCAUGUAUCUAAGUAUGUGGACGACACGCCCAUCAUGGGAUGUAUUAGGAAUGGAUAGGAGGAUGAGUACAGAAAACUGAUCUACAACUUUGUCAACUGGUGCGACACAAACCAUCUGCAUAUCAACACCGCCAAGACCAGAGAUGGUUUGGUUUGGUUUGGUGUAGUUUAUUUGAACACGAAGGUUACUACGGAAUACAUCUCAUGAACAUUCUUUCACAGUUCCACAUGUCCAAAAGGAGUAGGAAGAAGCAAAGCUUAUUUAAUCCUACGCCCCAUCCAUUCCACAUCUAGUACACCUGUAGUUCACUUCCUGCAUUCCAUGUCAUGUUUUCUAUGAUCAUCAGAAUAAUAAUACAUAAUAAAUAACAGU